AUGAUCAAAGAUCAAGAAAUCAAGAAAUCAGAAUCAGAACCAGCUAUAGCUGAAGAUACUACAGAAUCAUAUGCAAUUAUGUUACAGAGUGAGAAUAAGAAAAUGUUUCUUCAGAAGCUACCUAAGAAGCUUCAGAAUAAGAUUAUUGACAAAGCAAAGCUCAAUUUUUUGGACAAUAUAUUGCCUACUGAUUUUAGAAAAGUCAUUCAGAUGACUAUAAAUUUGAUUAACCAGUAUAAAGAGAAUAAGAAGAUCUUUAAACAAGAUGAAAUAAAGCAGAAAGAAAUAAAAAAGCUUGUUAAAGCCCUAAAAAAAACAGCUAGUUCCACAAAGACUAAAGAAUCUGAAUUGAAAUCUAAAGCCAAGAGCUCUGAGGAUACCAAUAUUGAAGCUGUAAUUGAAAAGAUGUUUAAUAAGUUUACAAAUUUAGCAUUGAUUAUGAGAGUACAGUCAAAUAAGGUUCAAGAAAAUCCCCAUCAGUACUAUAUACUGCAGAGAAAAGAGCCUUCAAAACCUAUACUAAAUUAUCCAACAAAUGUGACCACUAAUUUUGCAAUGGUACAAGAGAAUACUUAA